AUGCUCCUUUCUGACCGGGAAUGCCGCCCGUGACACAACAUGGCGGCGUCACGUGACCGGAAGCUCCCGGUCGUUGAUGCAGCCGGAAAGGCCGGGCGCGUUGUUUUGUUUUGCCUUAUGUGGGCUAAUUGGGGGACAGGGAUUGGGCGCGCGGAACUGCCAGUCGCGGCGCCGCCAUGAAGAAAUUCUUCCAGGAGCUCAAAGCAGACUUGCAGUUCCGGACGGCCGGGCCGGGCCAGAAGCUCACCGAGUCGCCUAGGGAAAGAGCUCCCAAAGAGAAACCCAAAGCUGCAGAAUCCCCCAAACCUCGACAAGGGCCCACUAAUGAAGCCCAGAUGGCAGCUGCUGCAGCGUUGGCCCGGCUGGAGCAGAAGCCCAAACCUCGGGCACCAUCGUCUCACGAUGCAAUCAGGAAUCAGGUGAAAAAGGAGCUAAUGAACGAAGCUGCUGCAAAUGACAAGGAAGCGCCUUUGGAUCAAAAGCAUUCCUUGCCUGCUGUGAAGGAAGACCCGGCCACCUUCUCUGUCUCUGGCGUCUACUUCAUUUGCCCGUUAACGGGGUCCUCUGUCCGGAAAGACAAAAAGGAUGCCCACAUCCGGGAAGCCAUCCAGCAGCACGCUUCCCAAGACCCCGUGGGCGCUUCCAUCAUGGAGAUCCACACUUUCAAUCGGGACAGGGAGAAGGUCAAGCUCGGGGUGGAGACCAUUGCCAAGUACCUUGAUAACAUCCACCUCCACCCCGAGGAAGAGAAAUAUCAGAAAAUCAAACUUCAGAACAAAGUGUUCCAGGAAAGAAUUCACCCUCUGGAGGGGGCAGACCGGUUUUUCCAAGCUGUAGGAUUUGAGAAGAUGACCUUGAGCGUUCCAGGGCAAGAGGAUCCGGAGGACUUUUACGUGCUGAAGGAAGAAGCCCUGGAGAAACUGGACGACCUCAAGCAGUACAAGGAGCAGCUGCUGAACGCCGAGCCGGUGAGGGCCCAGCUGAAUCGCCAGCUUCGCGUUUUCAAGCCAACCCCCCGGGCCUCCCACUUCGAGCUGCCCAGCGACUUCUUCAACCUCACCACGGAGGAGCUGAUGCGGGAAAAACAACUCCGGGCAGAAGCUGUUGAGAAGGCCUCCAUGCUGCGAACGAAGGCCAUGCGGGAGAAAGAAGGGCAAAGAGAGAUGAAGAAAUACAACUACACGCUGCUUCGGGUCCGUUUCCCUGAUGGGUACAUCCUGCAAGGGACAUUCUAUGCCCGGGAGCCCGUCUCGGCCCUUUUCCAGUUUGUGCAGGAGGCUCUGCAGGUUGACUGGCUGCCUUUUGAACUACUGGCCCCUGGCGCCCAGAAACUGACAGACAUGAACGUGGCAUUCAAUGAGUGUGGGCUGGUGCCUUCUGCGCUUCUGACAUUGACAGGAGAUGAAGACAUCUUGGCUGACGUAAAAGAGCAGACGGGCUGCUUGCUAAAACUGGACCUCCUCUCGGAGGUACAGAUCCUGUCCUGAAAAUAAAGUGGGCCCCAUUCCGUUGUGUGUGGGUUCCCUUCUCCCCUCCUGUGUCUAAUGAAAAGCUGCUUCAGCCACUUCUGUAUCUCUUUUGUCUCGUGAAAAACAGCAAGAGAAAUAACUGACCUAUUUAGUGCUUGUUGGUAAGAAGCUGGACUCAGAGCAGCCUUUGGGUGAACAGUGCAACAAACCCUAUGGGAACAGGUUGAGCUGAUUUGCACAUGGCUUUUGGAGAUCUUUUUAUAGUGCUGCUCUCCCUCCUCCUCGCCUAUUUAUAACCCUACCUGUAUCUGAUAACUGCUCUCAAGGAGGUCUUCAGCUCCUUAGGGGGCCCCAAACAAAAGCACUACUGGGGUGGGAGGGAAGAUCAAAUGCCUAAAUCCUGCACAAUGGGAGUGUGAUGCAGCUUAGCCUAGUUGCAACCUUUUCCAUAUUUGUUUCUGCUUUACAAAAGGCUGCCUGCUGGAGCUUUGACGUGCCUCUUGUCAACAGGAGAAACUAUUAGGCUUAUUAAAAGAAAGUAUCAGUGGCUGCUGUA